CGAAGAGAGAGGAGAAAGAAGUAACUACUGCUCUUGAGUGUAAGCAGUCCUGUCUAGGUCCCCGUAUGAAGCAAGCUGUCAGUAAUGUACGCAGAUCGUCUGCUGUUCGGCAAACCAAAUCUUGUGGAGACUUGCCCAAUUUGGUGAAUUUGGAGGACGACAAUUCUUAUGGUGAAUACGAGGACAAAGAGGACGGGACAAACAACAACUAUUCAAGUAGUUCUUCAAACGAUGCAGACGUGUCUCAUCUUGUGACGAAGAGGAGGAUGGCUCUUUCUACUUGUAGCUGGGAUAGUUAUGGUAUCAUUCUUCUUGCUCCGAAUGUGUUUCUUAUUCGUCUUAUUUGGACUUCACAAGAUGAGUCUUCACAAGAUGAGUAUUUUAUGGCAACAAACGAACUGUCGUCCAAUUCGUCGGAAAUGUAUUUCUCUGAUGCAGUCUCUGAAGAAAAGGUAGAUUUGUUAAAAUAA